CCGUAGACUCAGUCGUGUCUUAUACGUGCGCUUUUUCUCGAUACACACUGUGUACUCCGCUGCAGCAGCAGCAGCAGCAGCAGCAUAUCAGCAUCGGCAUCCCUCGGCAGAGCCGAUCUUGCGGUAAUUUCGAUAUACGCGCGAGUGAGUUUUUUUUUUCAGCUUCAAUAGAGAGGGAUAUAGAAAAGCUCCGAGGUGCUGAUACGAUAUUGAAUUUGUGCGUUACGUGUUUGGUGCGUGAAAAAAAAAUAAAUAAAUAAAUAAAUAAAGAAAGAAGCAGAAGUGUCAUAUAUCGUGCUUGUGACAGUUGUUCGUGGGCGCGCGCGCGCACAAGUGUGUAAAAUAUUUCCCUCGGUAGUUCCGAAGAUAAUAAAUCCAAAAAGUACACACGCACGAGUUAAUAAUGCUGGAACAUCGCACGAUUUUCGACUUUUGAAAGAGCAACGAGUUGGCGUGCGUGUCGCUAAUUAGUCGAGGCGAAAAAUUCUCAUUUAGGAGAUUGCGCAGUUUCGGGUAAACGCAGAUAUAUAUUACGAAUCGAUUGCGCCGAUUCGUGCGACGAGAGUCCAGAAAAAUGCCGUCCGAGUGCAUAGCCAAUCCGCUUCAGCGCGAGCUCGCCGACUCGAUAAUACGUCUGCAGUCGCUGGACGAGCUGCGCAUACUGCUGGCGUGCGGCGCCAAGCCCAACGAGCCCGUCACGCAGGGCCUGAGGCCCCUGCACUACGCCGUCUGGCAGCGCUACGAGGACGCGGCCCAGCUGCUGCUGGUGCGCGGUGCCGAGAUCGACGCCACCGACGAGUGCGGCUACUCGGCCCUGCAUCUCGCCGCCGAGCACGGCUACCUGGACCUGGUGAAGCUGCUGCUCAAGCACGGCGCCAAGGUCGAUCACAGGCAGGACACCGGCGAGCUGUUUCCAAGGACUCUGCUGUGCGACGAGCCGCUGCGUCUGGCGCUGCGCAAUCAUCAUCUGGACGUGGCCCGUACCCUGCUCGAGCACGGCGCCAACUCGAACAAGCGCUACUUCUUCGGCUCGGAGAUCAAUCUGAUCUCGCCGCUGGACCUCGACUGCAUGGCCCUGGUGCUGGCCUUCGGCGCCGAUCCGAACUCGCGCGAUCGCGCCGGACUCACGCCCCUCAUGAAGGCCGUGAGACUGCCCCAGAAGGUAUUAGCGUUCGAAAAGUGGUACCGCAACGUGUUCACCCUCGCGGGCGGACCGGGCGACCUGUUCAGCGGCGCGGCUGCGGCUGCUGCGGCGGGUCAGGAAGAUGCGGAAGUCGUCGUCAGCUCCACCCAAGCGUCGUCGUCGUCGUCGUCGUCGUCGCAGACGAACAAUAACGUCGGCUUGCAUCGGCGCAGGGGAGAAGGUCGCGUCUCGGAAUUAGGCAUGCAGUCGGUGCUGCUGCUGCUGAACUACGGGGCGGACGUGAACGCGCGCGCCGACGCUCGCAACGAGUUUCGCAGCGUGCUGCAUUACGCCGUGAUCGGCGGCGACAAGGCCGUGAUCAAUCUGCUGCUGAAGCAGGGCGCCAGGCUGAAUCUCGAGCCCGAGUACACGAAGCCGCGGGCCCUGGACAUGGCCGUGCUCAAGGGCGAUCCGGAGAUCGUCAAGCUGCUGCUGGAUGCGGGUGCCGACGUCAACACGAACUCGGCGAUCAUCGGCACGCCGCUGCACGUCGCCUGCGCCGAGAGCAUACCCAAUCGCUACGAGGUGCUGGAGCUGCUGCUCGAGCGGGGCGCCGAUCCGAAUCGCGUCGUCGCCUCGGAGGCGGGCGGCACCCUGCUCAGGCCCGCCCUGGCCGAGUACGUCGGUGCCAACGCGCAGCCGGAUCUGCGCGUGAUCGGCCUGCUGCUGCGCCACGGCGCCCGGGUCCUGAUCAAGUCGCACUUUCGCGAGCCCCUCGGCAUGCUGCAGCACAUGCAGGGCCUGGAGCGGGCGCCCCGCGUGCUGGCGGCCCUCCUCGACGCCGCCGAGUCCGUCGAUCUGGCCGCGGUGGCGCGCACCCAGUGCCUCACCGAGCUGCAGAAGCGCGCCUGCAGGGACGCCGCGGGUGGCGGCCGACCCCUGAGCCUGGUGAAGCAGGCCCGACUGGCGCUGAGGCGGCUGCACGGCGGCCAGUUGGCGGCCUGGGCCUCGCGCCAGACCAUGCCCAAGACGCUGAGGAGCUAUCUGCUCUACGAGUACGCGCCGAAUUGACGAGAGAGAGAGAGAGAGAGAGAGAGCGAAACGACGGAUUGAGGCGACCACUGCGUGUACGACGUGGAUUAUAAUUUUUAAGAUAGACGAUAGUGCCGCGCGACCUCGAGUGCUGAUUUUCAAGUACUCGAAGGUAGACAAUUGUGAUAUGUUGUAAUCUCUCGAUAACGAUUUUGUCGACUGUAUAAUCAUUAAUAAUUCAUGUUUGUAUGAAAAAAGAAAGAAAAGGAAAAUUUAGCGAGUAAGUUUUUAAAGAAAAAAAAUGAGGAAAGCCAGUGUUUUUAUAUUAAAAAAUAUUUUUUACAUAUAUUCUCGUGUAUGUUGAUAUGUAUAACGGUUCAUAUGAAAAUCUGAUUACGAUUUGUUUCGAGACGACGUCUAGGGUCCUAUCACGCGACAAUUGUAUAUAUUAUUAUUAUUAAUAUUAAUAUUAUUAUUAUUGUUAUUGUUAUUAUUAUUAUAUCAUAGUUUUAAUGUUAAAAACGAUGUUUACGAGAGAUCGUCAAAUACAAACGAUUGUUUCGUACGUUGAAGAAGUAUUUGACUUUGAAUAAAAAUUUCGUGAACCCAA